AUGCAAUUCGAGGUCAUCGCGACGUGCAACACCACGCGUGCUCGAGUAUGUCGCAUGAAAUUAGCCCAUGGCGUCACGAUGCUACCGACUUUCAUGCCAGUAGCCACCCAGGCCGCUAUCAAAGGUCUCACCCCAGAACAGGUGGAGUCACUUGGAAUUACUCUCAUCCUGAAUAACACGUAUCAUCUGAACCUGAGACCUGGAAUCAAGAUCUUGGACGAAGCGGGCGGUGCGCAUAAUUUUCAGGGCUGGAACCGAAACUUGUUGACUGAUAGCGGGGGAUUCCAACUAGUAUCCCUGAGUAAGUUCACCAAGAUCACGGAAGAGGGUGCUCUAUUUUCUAGUCCGUUCACCGGGGAACCGACGAUGUUGACACCAGAAGAAAGUAUCUCAAUUCAGCAUUCGAUUGGUGCCGAUAUCAUUAUGCAGCUCGACGACGUCGUUAGCAGUCUUACCGUAGGGCCGCGUGUCGCGGAGGCCAUGGAACGGUCUGUGCGUUGGCUCGACCGUUGCAUCGAGCAGCACGAACAAUCAAGUCAACGUGACAGACAAAAUUUGUUUGCAAUCGUUCAAGGGGGACUGGACGCCGAGCUGCGCGAUCGAUGUUUACAAGCCAUGAUCGCAAGGAAAGAUCAUGUGGCUGGGUACGCCAUAGGUGGGCUCAGCGGUGGAGAAGAGAAAGCACAGGGGUCGUUUAUUCUGACAACCAGUAGUAUCAAACAGUGUGCGGAACAGUUACCUGCUGAUCGUCCACGAUACGCGAUGGGUGUCGGCUUCGCAGAAGACCUUCUGGUGUGCGUAGCACUGGGCGUUGACAUGGCGGAUUGCGUAUUCCCAACUCGGACCGCAAGGUUUGGUGUGGCUCUCACCUUUAAAGGGCCUCUUAAUCUUCGGCUGAGAAAACACGCUGAAAGCAUAAAACCAAUAGAUGAAAACUGUCCGUGUCCAACUUGCUCCAGCAGGACGUCCCGCGCUAUGCUCCACCACAUCGUGACAAUAGAGACGGCGGGAGCUCAUGCGGUUACACAACACAAUCUGGUGUUCCAAGCUCAAGUAAUAGGUCGCGCAAGAGAUGCAAUUAUGGGAGGGAGAUUUCCAGAUUACCUUCGAACCUUCUUCGAAAAUUACUUUGGCGACCACGGCUAUCCUGAAUGGUGCGUCGAUGCUCUUAGGAGCGUGGGGGUGGAUUUACUGGAGGGAAGAGACCUCCCCCUAAUACGGGGGUCAGGUGCAAAAUGGGAAUACUCUGAUGUAGCAUAG